CUGGUGUGUGUGAUGAGUUACCUGACCACAUAUCACAUUGGAGCCAUCGUCUCUCUGGAGGUCUGGGUCCUGGUUCUGCUCAGCUUCGGUCUGCUGCUCUUCAGUCUGUGUGUGUUUAUGAUCUGUAGACAGCCCCAGACCACAAAGAAAGUCUCAUUUAUGGUUCCUCUGCUGCCCUUUCUGCCCAUUGUCAGUAUCUUCGUGAACAUUUAUCUCAUGGUUCAGCUCAGUGGAGACACGUGGAUCCGCUUCUCUGUUUGGAUGGCUGUCGGUUUUCUGAUCUACUUUGGCUAUGGCAUGUGGCAUAGCGUUGAAUACCAGCGCCACCUACAGCCUCCACAGAAAGAGAAAGGAAACAGCAAAAACAACUGUGAGAAAUCAGAUACAAUCACGAAAGACCAAGAGUGCUUCGUUCUCCCAGAGAAAACCAGCGAGUUUUAGACAUUUAUACACAUUUUACUCAAGACUUUUAUUUUGAUGGGUCACACGGAGAAGGGCCCUGAGCAGUUUGAUGUUUACUGCUUUUGUAAAUAUGUCAAAAAAGCACAUUUAUUCAGAAAAACCAGUGUCAGUAUUGGUUGAAGCUGAUCACAUGAUGAAGUGACAUCACUUCCUGUUGUGCUUGUGGAGGCGGGGCUAAAGAGGACAGGUAAGACACUGGAAAGAUCAUUUUACCACAAAGCAUUUUAUCAUGGACUAAAACUAUAAAUGAGUAUAUCUACCUUGUCUGCCUUUUAUGUUUACUCUUGCUUAAAGUCGCACAAUGCAACUUUUCUGGUGGAUGUUUCUACUUGCUUGUCUCCAUGGAGAAUUUUAAAUGGUCUACUUGAUUAAAAGUGGAUCAUGAACAGACUCGCCUCUCCACAGAUCUGACCUGUACGUUGAUCUGGGGAUGUCACCUGCUUGUGUCCAUAGAGUUAGAAGUUUAAUACUAUAUACUGUGUGUGGAAGAUUCUGGAAAAAGCUAAAAUAUCUCCAUGGAGACAACUAAGUAACGGACUGUCCACCAGAAAAGUUCCAUAGUACUUCUUUAAGAUUUGUCAGCGAAUAGACUUAGAGAUUGUACUGUUUUAAAAGUGUUUAUGUUGGAGUGUACAGGUAGUUCACUGUGGGAUAGGAACUGCUUUUUUGGGAAAUGAAAUCUGGUUCUUUUCAUUCAUUUAAAAAAAUAAAAAGUUGGACCUCUUGAUCCAAAUGUACGUAUAAAACAGAUUUUUAAAAUGUGAUUUUUUACCAUUAUAUUAUUUGGAAAUGGUGGAAUUCAGUCUCUGUUAAUGGUAUUAUUGCAUGCCUCGAUGCCUUUGGGCAAGACACUCACUCAUUUCCUUUGACAGGCCUGUUGAAGUUUAGAUUAAAUAAGCACACCAUCAAUUACAUAAUAUUGAUGUACUUUUUGGCACUUGAAACAGAACAUUUGUUACUACUGGCGUGUGCAGCUCAUAUAAUGUAAAUAUAUCUGUGUUAUUCACCUCCACGGCUGUGUGCUGUGUUCAUGUUUUAGAAUCUGACGAUGUCAUGAACUCAGAUAUUGCGACAGAGGCCUAUAAAACUUGAUAGAAGAUUUACUGUUUUUGAAAGACAUGUACUAAAUUGAAAUCCAUAAACGUUGAACCUCAUCAGUAUUUGUUGGGAAUUGGGUCCACAAACCUGUCAUAUGAUCAUCAUCACUUCUCUUUACUUCUCUUUACUUACUAUUUUGUUUGUGAAAAAUGUGGAGAGGGAAGCGCUUUGUGCGUUUGUGGACAGGGAAGAUGUCUUUGCUUUUUCUCAUUGUUGUAAUAAUGUCAUACAUUAUUGUUGUGACACUUCAAUCAGUAAGAUUCAAAUAUUGGUCAUGACGUUCAGGCUUUUCCCGAUCACUUUUAGCGAGAGUCGUUUCAAACUGAUAACUGUAAAAGAACUCAGAGCACCACACAAGUCAAUCUGGUGUGAACUAGGUUAAAAGAUUACACCUUUGAAAUUGAAUAAUAGGACUACUUUCUUAAGAUUUUAUUUUAUUUUUUACUUAUAUUGACAGAGAAGACUUUGAACUUGCCAUAUCCCACCAAUUGCUGAUAUAUUAACAAUAAACCAGUUCUAUAAAUCUACAAUCUGACAGUGGAACAGCAACUUCCACCUUUUAAUUCUGAAAUUCCUUCAAUUCAGUGUUAAAGUAUAGAGAUUCUACAACGUCACAUGAAUCCAACCUAUUGAGUAUUAAGGAUCAGAGGAUUGCUAUUGUGAUGAUUUGAUUGAUUUUUGAAUGAAUUUAUAGGUUUUUUUUUUUGGUUUUUUUUUGGGUUUGUUUUAAUGGCAGACAGUAUAUAUUUUGUGAUAUAGAUUGGCAAGAGGCAUCAUAACAGAUUUGAAUACUGUGGAAUAAUGUCUUUUCUCAUGUUGUAUUGAGUAAUGGAAUAUUUCAAGCAUCUUAUUGCUUACAUUUUGUACUACACUUUAUUAAAUGUGGAUACUGUUCAAAAACUGUGGUACUAGAAUUACUAAGUGCACGUUUAAUCGAUUGGAUUUGUCUCAGUUCUAGUUUAAUCCAAGUCUAGUCCUGUUUUACCCCUGUUUUAGACCUGGUUUAGUUCUGGUUUAGACCUGGUUUAAUACAUUUCCAUUGUAGUUUAAUCUUGAUUUACUUAAUGAUAAUUUAGAUAUUAUUAUUUUAUUUCCAAUGUAUGGCAUUAUGCUGAUCUAUUUAGUAUUUUUUCGAUUAUAGGUGUUUCUUCUGUGUUAGUAUAUGUGAGCCGGGUUGCCUCUCCACAGAUCUGACCUGCAACUUGGCCUGGUUGUGUAACCUUAAAAUACUUAACUUAAAUGCCAUACUGGGAAACUUUGCAAGCAAAGCAAUAAUAUUGAAUUUCAACAUUAAACAGGCGGUGGACCCUCUUUGCAAUAUGGAAUUGAACUACUAAAUAAACUGUUCAGCUACAUUGUGUUUCUUAAGAUACGACUGUAGUCUUGAAGUAUUGAAAAUAUGUGUGACUAUA